GUGAUUGAAUCGUGGAUCGAAUUCAUUCUGUAUCCAAUCAAGCAAGCCUUGGAUGCACGGUCGAUCUGCAGCAGAUCGAUGGCUGCAGCUCUAGUUUCUCUGAUGAAUACGGUGGAGCAGAUCCAAAACCACCCUCAACUUUCCACUUCUCUUCAUCAUUUCCAGAUUGAGAUCCUCCGCGAAAAAGUUUAUUUCUUCCUAGAUUUUAUAGAAAGUUAUUCCUCUCAUGUAGAUGAUUUGGAGAGGCGGAUUGCAACUGCAGCUCAUGCGGCUGAAGAUUUAUUUGAAUCCCAUGUUGUUUGGCGAAUUCGUACCCACGAAAAAAACAGUCUCGAUCUGCAGAAGGUAAUUGUAGAUAUGGAUCUUGUGAGAGAGAAAGUGUUGAAGGUGAAAGAGGAAAGGGGAAUCAGAUAUGAGCAGCCGACUGCUAAUUCAUCAAGAUCCGUUGCCAGUAACCGAGAGGCGAUUAUGGUGGGAUUUGGUGGCUACUUGGAUCAGCUCUUGGAUUUGCUCACCGGAAAUCAAUCUAGCCGCCAGAUCAUCUCAAUCGUUGGCAUGGGCGGUAUUGGUAAGACUACUCUGGCCAAGAAUACUUUUGAAAAUUCAAUUAUUAAGCGACACUUUGAUGUCCGUGUUUGGGUGUCUGUUUCAAAUGAUUACAAUUUAUCAGAUAUUUUCUUAGAAGCUCUUUCUCACCUAAAAGAACUCACUGGCGCACUAUUGAGAUGGACAAUGAAAGAGACGAGUAUCGAUUAGGAGAACAAUUGUAUAAAGGUUUGACGGGUAGAAGGUAUCUGAUUGUACUAGAUGACGUGUGGAGUGUUGAAGUUUGGGAUAAGAUAAGGUUUUAUUUUCCUGAUAAUGGGAAUAGAAGUCGCCUCAUUUUCACUACUAGGCUUUCAGAUGUGGCUUUCUAUUGUGGAUCGUGUUGUGUUAGGGUGAAUCUUUUAGAUGAGUGUGAAUGUUGGGACCUAUUUUGCGUGAGGGUAUUUGGAGAGGAAGAUUGCCCCCUCGAAUUAGAACAAAUUGGAAGAGAGAUUGCUAAAAUGUGCAAAGGGCUUCCUCUGUCGAUCACUGUGAUCGGAGGGCUUCUUCAAAAGUCAGCUAAGACAGUUGAAUAUUGGCACAAUGUGUUAGAAAACAUUAGAGUAAUUUUGAGUUCAGGAGAGGGGGACCAAUGCCUAAAUGUGUUGUAUUCGAGUUAUAGCCAUUUGCCUGCUCAUCUGAAGCCAUGUUUCCUUUAUAUGGGGACUUUUCAAGAGGAUCGCGAGAUUCCAGUCUCGCGAAUCACCAAACUUUGGGCUGCUGAGGGAUUUCUAAAGCCCAAAGCUGCUCGAGUCUUGGAAGAGGUUGCAGAGGAUUACUUAAAGGAUCUCAUUGACAGGAACCUCGUUUUAGUUGGUAAGUAUCGUAAGAAUGGAAAGGUAAGAUCUGUCUACAUUCAUGAUCUUCUCAGAGACCUAUGCAUAAGCUUAGCAGAUAGAGAAAAGUUAUUUUCUUCUGCGAGAGUUUGGUAUACGAGUGAGGAUUCUUCAGUGAGAGAUCUAUCUAGGAAGUGUAAGCUGCGGUUCUUUGCUUAUAGUACUGCUAAUUUCUCCGAGUUCAAUCUUCCUUCUUCUAUAUCCUCUGUUUGGAAUCUGCAAACGUUAAUCUUUCAAGGAACGUGUGGACUAGUCGAUGCACCAGCUGAAAUUUGGGAGAUGUCACAACUCAGGCACAUCGUGUGCAACAAAAUUCGUCUCCCCGAUCCUCCUCCGAGUGACCAGGAAGAUGACACUUGUGUCUUGAGAAACUUGCAAACACUUGUGCAAGUAGUGAAUUUCAUAUGGACGGAGGAGGCGUGCAAGAUAAUUCCCAACAUCAAGAAAUUGCGCGUGGUUUUUGGUGAUGUCUUGACAGAUUACGAAGAUUGCUUGUGCUUACACUAUAUACACAAUCUCUGCUCUUUACAGAAGCUCGAAUCACUAAACAUGAGGUUCCCUUUCUGCAUAUCGCGAUAUCCAGUGGAUUUGCUGAGCAAGAGGCUUGCCUUCCCCACUCGGCUAAACAAGUUGUGCUUGAGAAACUACAGCCUCACUCGUGAAGAUCUGGCAAUGAUUGGUUCGUUGCAACAUCUACAAGUUCUUGAGCUUGAACACAGCUCUUUCUUGGGAGGCGAGUGGAGCACUUUCAACGGUGAGUGCCCUUGUCUUAAAUUCUUGAGAAUCGACAGCUGUGAUGUCGUGUGUUGGGCUUCAGACACCUUUGCUUUUCGAGUUCUUGAAAAGCUCGUUGCUCGAGAUGUGUGGCAGUUGCAAGAGAUCCCAUCGGAGAUGGGAGAGAUAAGCACUCUCAAACUCAUUCAUUUACAUCACUGUGUUAAAACAUGGUAUCAUCAUAAUGUAGAGAAAAGAAGCAAAUGA